CAAUCCUAAACAUUCACGUUUCACAUGAACGUUUUGAGCCUGUAAUUUUGUCGUAUCACAUAUGUUAUUUUUAUGUUCGUUGUUUGUGUUAAAAUAAUUAAAUACGAUUUUAUUUAUUUAGCAAUUUAACAUUUCUGUAAUUGAAUCCAUCAUGGAGUCUGAAUCCGAAGUAAUUAAAGAGAAAAUUCACACUGAACCUUUACUAAAUGAUCCACGAUACAUAACCUUACUAAGUGUAAUUUUGUUAAUCUUCACUUUAGUGUUUUGGUGGUGUUUUUCGAGACGUCGUCAUUUACGAAAUUCUGUCCUUCUAACGGGUCUUUCCGAUGCCGGCAAGACGCUGCUAUUUGUAAGACUUGUAUAUUCUCAAUACCGACAAACAUUUACUUCUAUGAAAGCAAAUGUUGAAGAGUACAUAACAACAAACAACACGUUAAGGCUAGUAGAUCUGCCUGGACAAGAAAGAUUGAGGAAUAAGUUCUUUGAUCAGUUCAAAAACAGUGCAAAAGCUAUUGUUUAUGUUGUGGAUUCAGUAACUAUUCAGAAAGAAAUAAGGGAUGUGGCAGAAUAUUUGUAUACAAUUCUCGUGGAUCCUGUCAUUCAGAGCAAUUGUCCUCCCCUACUUAUCCUCUGUAACAAGCAGGACCAACCCAUGUCCAAAGGCAGUCAAGUUAUAAAGAGCCUGCUGGAGAAAGAAAUAAAUCUUGUACGAGUAACAAAAUCCAGCCAGCUGCAAGCAGUAGAUUCUUCUCAAACAAAUAAUGCCUACAUUGGAAAACUCGGCAAAGAUUUUGAAUUUUCGCAUUUAAAUUGUAAAGUUGAUUUUCUCGAAUCUUCAGCUAGUACAGGUGAUGAUGACACCCCCACAGAUAUCAAGGGUUUACAAGAUUGGAUCUCAAACCUCUAAAUUUUUUUAUUUGUUUUAUUAUUCCUUCCCAUGCUUGAAGACUUAUUAGGCUUAAUCACAAUUUUUAAAAUGUGAAUAAAUUAUGCAUUUACA